AUUCAGAAAUGCUGACAAGACAACAAACACACUUGUUGACUCAUCUCAAGUUUCAUCAUCUUUUUUUUCAACACAGCCUUUCAACAAGGUUCUCACACGUCAGCUGGCUCCAGUGGCGAUCUUUUUAAGAGUAUAAAAAAACUGAAGAAAAGCCUCAGGGCUCAAACCAAGAUCCUAUCAAGAUUCUACGGUACUAUUCAAGGGUUAUCUGAUCUGAACAGACUAGACAAUGAGAAAAGAAGUUAUUUUACUCGUCAGUUGUUUACUGGGGAUUAUACAUCCAGCUAUUUCAUGGGGUAGCUCGAACCAGGACAGUGUCCUUCUAAAAGACGUCAAAUCAAUCACUCUAGAAGCUGGUAAAAUGACCAAUGGCAGACGAUCCUCUCCAGUGCCCCAGCUGAAGUGUGUGGGAGGUUCAGCUGGCUACAGUGCCCCACAGCCGAGAGUCGUCCAAUGUAUCAACAUGGGGUCUGAUGGUUACGACGCCCAAUGGGAAUGCAAGGCUGAUAUGGAACAUGACUAUCGCUUUGGGAAGCUACAAGUGUCUUGUGAGGGCUAUAAAAAUCCUGAUGAUCCCUAUGUCCUCAGGGGAUCGUGUGGGCUAGAGUACGAGCUGGAUUACACUGAGCAGGGAAAAAACAGACAACAAAGUGGUGGUGGUGGUGGUUACUAUGAUAACUACCAAGGCAGUCACAGAGGUUCUAAUCACUACAACGAUGGCGGUUUCCGAUGGGGCAAGAUCGUGAGUCUGGUUAUCAUGGGAGCUGUAAUAUACUGGCUGUAUAAGCGUUGCUCGGGAGGGGGUCGAAGUCACACACCCACCAGCACUGCAGGCUAUUCUAGUGCUGGUACUGGCAGCACUAUGGGUGGCAGUGGUGCAGCUCCUGGUGCUGGUGCUGGUGGUGGUGGUGGUUUCUGGACGGGGGCUGCCACGGGGGGACUCCUAGGAUACCUGUUUGGGGGCAGAGGGACUGGGUACGGGGGCGGAGGUGGAUGGGGGCGUAGUUACGGCCCAUCAUGGGGCAGUGGGUACACCACAAGGUCCCACCGCUCCAGUGGGUGGGGCUCUGGUGGCGGUUGGGGCUCUGGUGGUGGAUGGGGCUCUGGCAGCUCCAGAUCUGGGUCCUCCAGGAGCUCCAGUGGAUCAAGAUCUACGUCAGGUUUUGGUGGUACCAGCAGAAGAUAAACCACUCCCUCCAUUGCGUCGUACAGAUACUGAACUUUCUGCACUAUAUAGUUGAUAUUGUAGAGUCAUACAAUAUUCUAGAUACUUUCACUGAUAGUCCACUGUCAUAAUAUAUGUAGUUUCCAUCCUCCGUGCUUUUGAGAUCAUUCCGUACGUAUUAAAUGCCUUUUCACAUAAUUAUUGUCACUGUAAACAAAAAAUUAUUGUAGAGUAUAA